AUGUUGGCUAUUGACUUGCGUGUUUGGUUUACACAGGUGAUCAACCGGGCAGGGGCAGAUGCAGACGGUCUAGUAGUUGACAACUUUGAUGACGCAGAUGGUUACUAUCGAGUGAUCUUGGGUGAACUUUUGGACAACGGACGAUAUCAUGUACACGCUAACCUUGGCAAAGGGAUGUUUGCAUCAGUGGUACGAGCCAAAGAUAUGCAUCAUAAUCCUACUAAAGAUGGUUCCACUGGAUUAGGUCGGGAUGUAGCAAUCAAAGUAGUGAGGAGUCAGGAGAGCAUGUACAAAGCUGGUCAGAAAGAAGCCAGUAUUCUUAAAAAACUACAGGAGACUGACCCGAAUGGCAAGUACCAUGUGAUUAGACUCGAACGAACCUUUGAACAUCGAGGUCAUCUUUGUUUAGUAUUUGAGGCUAUGAGUAUGAAUCUGAGGGAAGUAGUUAAACGUUUUGGAAAAGACGUUGGUAUCAAUUUAAGAGCUGUACGAGCAUAUGCUCAUCAAAUGUUUCUGGCUUUGUCAUUGAUGAAGAAAUGUAAUAUUAUGCAUGCCGAUUUGAAACCGGAUAACAUUUUGGUUAGCGAAAGCAAAUCCGUGUUAAAGGUAUGUGAUUUGGGAUCGGCAUCGGACGUUUCUGAGAAUGAGAUCACCCCAUACUUGGUGUCAAGAUUCUAUCGUGCUCCUGAAAUCAUUCUUGGUCUUCCAUAUGAUUGUUCGAUUGAUGUUUGGUCGAUUGGAUGUACGUUGUAUGAAUUAUAUACAGGCAAGAUUUUGUUUCCAGGACGAAGCAAUAAUCAUUUGUUAUUGUUGAUCAUGGAAUUAAAAGGAAGGUUUAAUAGUAAAUCGUUAAAGAAAGCUAAGUUUUAUGAUGUUCAUUUUGAUGAAGAGAAUGGAAACUUUUUAAGUGUUGAAAAGAAUAAAUUAACAGGUGCAGAUGUGAUCAAGAGUAUUAACGUACCAAGCAAACCAAGUCAAACUUUACAAUCUAGAUUAAUGCCAAAUCAUGUGACUAAGAAAAUGCAAGAUUCAGAUGUACGGUUGUUAGGUGCUUUUGUAGAUUUAUUAGAAAAAAUUUUGAACCUUGAACCUAGUAAACGGAUUAGCCCUAAAGAAGCUUUGAAUCAGUUGAGUAGUCAUCUGUUUUUUUUCUGUUUUGUCUAG